AUGAGUGUUUUGAAGCGAGCGGCGCUGCUGCUGCUGCUGCUGCUGCUGGCAGCGAUCGGCACAAACGCAGAUUCGGACCACAAAGACUGUGACAUCCUGAAAAGAACGCUGGCAACAAAAGACCUGCACAAGAUUUUCGGGCACUGGGCUCUGGUCUGGUCCGUCUCUCAAGUUCAGUAUGGCCCAGACCUGAUGACACUCCUCUCCAGCUCCAAAGUGGAGCUCCGACUGUACCCUGACAACAACACCAUCAUGUUCAAUGAGAACAACAUGUUCCUUGAUAAGAACUGUGCCAUAUACUUCUUGAACAUGUCGAUGCCCUCUGACCCCCCCGACUCUGAACACCACACACUGCACAUCAGCGGUGGAAGGAUAGAGAGUGAUGGUGUUGUGACUCACUUCAACGAGUCCGGUGAAGGGGUUUUCUAUGAGACCUGCUCCGACUGUCUGAUCCUGGUCUACAAAGGCUCACUCGCCAAUUAUGUGCUCAGCUACAAGAGGUACGGGCAUCAUAAGGAUCUUGAGCAGCUGAAAUCGGCCCACGGCGAUCAUCAGAAACUGGCCGAGUGUCUGGGAUUUGCUCAUGAUGCCCCGUUCCGGUUCUUCGAAUCCACAGGCGGCGGUACAGCAGCGCUCCGUGACGUCAAACCCGCUGAUCCCAACAAGGAGACGCUGUGUCGUCACUUCCUGCACAUAUUCAAGAUGGAGUCAUCAGGUCUGAAGCUGAGUUUCUGGGAGAACGGACCAAAGCCCGGGCAGUUUUACUCUUUCCCCUGUUGA